AUGGGCGAUUACUCGCAACUCACCAACCACAACAUCCGUAGCUUCCUUUGGAGAGGUGUCUCUGUCACAGUCAAGGAUCGCCAGACUCAGUUAGACAAGCCUAUUCUGAACAAUGUCAGCGGCAUCGUCAAAGCUGGAGAGCUGAUGGCGGUCAUGGGUCCCUCCGGUUCUGGAAAGUCAACUCUCCUCAACGUGCUUGCUAAUCGCGUCCCUGCUAAGGGCGCUCAUGCUCAGUCAGAUGUCUUCCUCAACGGCCGCCCCGCCGAGUGUGAGACAAUGCGCAAGAUCAGCUGCUACGUCGAACAGGAAGACGCCCUUAUCGGCUCGUUGACUGUCAGAGAGACUUUGAUGUUCGCUGCUCGUCUCUCCUUACCUAAGAGUGUCAGCGCCCAGGAGCGGAUCGGUCGCGUCGAGGCACUCAUCAACUCUUUCGGUCUCAAUGGCCAAGCUAACACUUUGGUCGGUACACCUAUAAGAAAGGGUAUCUCCGGUGGUCAGAAGCGUCGUGUCAGUGUUGCCAACCAGCUCAUCACUAGUCCCAAGAUCCUCUUCCUCGACGAACCUACUUCCGGUCUGGACUCAGCCGCUGCUUUCGAGGUCAUUGCUUUCGUCAAGGACGUAGCCAAGAAACACAACUUGAUGGUCAUCUCAAGCAUCCAUCAACCUUCAACCUCGACCUUUGCAAUGUUCGACAAGCUUCUUCUCCUCUCGCAUGGCAACACAGCAUACAGUGGACCAGUUAAGGACGUUCAAUCUUUCUUUGAUGCAUGCGGCUUCCCCAUUCCUCUCUACAUGAACCCUGCCGAAUUCAUCAUCGACUUUGUGAACACCGACUUUGCUCAUAACAGGACUGAGGUCAGCACCCAAUUCGAGAUGGUCACCGGAACCUGGCAGCGCUCUGGUCUUCACGCCGAGAAGCUGAGCACCAUCGCCCGCGAGAUUGCCCACGGCGACCCUUCGCCUCAGGAUACCAAUGACAACGAUAAGAUCGGUGCUCACUGGUUCGAUAUCCUCGUCGCACUCGUUCAUCGCAACUUUAUCAAGUCGUACCGUGAUAUCAUCGCUUACGGCAUUCGGAUUGCCAUGUACAUGGGUCUGGCUAUCAUGAUGGGAACUGUCUGGCUGCGUCUGGACCCUUCGCAAGGCAAUCUCCAAGCUUUUACUAACGCUAUUUUCUUCGGAGGUGCCUUCAUGUCCUUCAUGGCCGUCGCCUACAUCCCUGCCUACCUCGAGGACCGUGCUAUUUUCAUGAAGGAACGUGCCAACGGCCUCUACGGACCCACGUCUUUCCUUGUUAGCAACUUCUUGACUGGUCUGCCGUAUCUCUUCAUCAUCACGUUCCUUUUCAGCGUUGUCGUCUACUGGCUCAGCAACUUCCGCAACACCGCUGGCGGCUUCUGGACUUGGGUUAUGUGGCUCUUCCUUGACUUGAUCGCUGCCGAGUCUCUUGUUGUCUUCAUCACCAGCCUUGUUCCUAUCUUUGUUGUUGCUCUCGCCGCCACUGCUUUCGCCAACGGUCUUUGGAUGUGUACUAUGGGCUUCAUGGUCCGUCCCGCCGACCUCAAUCCCUUCUGGCGCUACGUGUUCCAUUACAUCGACUACCAGAGCUACGUUUUUGAAGGCAUGAUGGUCAACGAGUUUGCCAGCAGAAACUACACUUGCCCCUCCAAUGGUCAUGGUGGGUAUGAUUGUGCCUACGACACUCCCCUGAGCCCUCAGGGCUUUAUUCCUGGCACUGCUCUCCUCGACACCUAUGGCUACAAGGCCGGCAGAACUGGCGAAUACAUUGGUAUCUUGUUGGCUAUCAUCAUAGUCUACAGACUACUUGGCUGGUUCGUGCUGUACGUCCGCCGCACUUGA